CCAAGACAACCACAGCGCCAUCCAGGAAGACAUCAACCCACCGCAAACAGUCCGCCUGCAUCGUCCAUAAUGGCCCCAUACCAGCACCUCGACGACCCCUAUGACUACGAAUCAUCCCCUACCCCGCGGAAACCCAUCUUCACAGCCUGCCGCGCCUUCUCCGUCGUUUUCGCCGUCGCCGUGUUCGCCGUCAUCAUCUUCCAAGCGCAGAUUUGGACACUGCUGCAGAAAAUUCAUUUCGGGCAAUGCGGAGGGGCGAUAACGCACAACGUGCUCUUCCACGACCGCAAGGAUCUAGGAGAUGCGGGAGCGGUGGGGGAUCAAGCGUGGAAAGCGCUGAUGCCGCCUCCGACGGCAGAUUCGCGCGAGGGGGUGAUCACCGUACAGAUCAACGAGACGUAUACGCUUCCCUACGAAGCCUCCUACACCCACGCCCUCCACUGCCUCGACGCCAUGCGCAACAUGUUCUUCCACGAGCCCGCUUCCGUCCUCCAAGCCAACAUCAAAAAGCGUGAGCACAUGGGACACUGCCUGUCUUACGUAGCACAGCACGUCCUCUGCUCCGCCGACGACACAAUCGAGCGCGUGAAACCCCCGCGAGAUUCUGCGGGCAACUACCUCCCCGAAGAAGGCGACGGGCAGAGCGCGCGGCAGGAGUUGCAUACCUGCCGCGAUCGAUCGAAGACAGAGCAGAUACUGCACGAGUUGACGCACGCAGAGCCGAGAUCGCUGAAGUAUCCCGAGGUGAGGAGGGAGGUUGAUCGUCUCGAUGAAUACUAUGAGGAGUGUCCGGGGUGUUUUUAUAAUUGAGGUUUAGGAGGGAAGAG